AUGAUGAGCCGCAGGUCGUGUCAGCUGGUUGAGGUCGUGUGUCGUGGGCCGCCGUUUGAAGGUCUAAAAUGGUGCACUAUUUCUGGAAAUUUUCGUUGCACCUUUUUGAGCAUAUUCCCCGGGGGAACAUCCCGGAGGAAUUUCUUCUUCAAAAAGGAGAGCGACAGAAUAGGAGAAACGACAAAUUUGCUGGCAAAACUGAAUUUAAAAAAAUUCGUAAAAAAAGGAAGAAAUGAGGGAGGGAUAACCUACUCGAAGGAGGCAGAGCGGAGAAAGAAGAACUGUUCUGGUCAAUCGUCAGACCAAACGGAUAAGGAACAUCUUCAAAAUGUAGACACGCUGACCGAAGGCGACGUACAAAGAAUUGAUAAAAUUCUUGCAGAGUUCACCAGAGAGACAAAGCAGCGAAAUGGAGAGGGACACCUGCUAGAACUGAUCGGAUUAAGAAGCAGCGGAGAGAACAUCAAAGAAGCCUGUCUGGUCUGCAUACGUGCAUGCGAUAUGAUUCUAAAAAAAAUGUGCAAAGAGGAAAACAUCUUCAAAAUCGUUAACAUGGUAGAUACCGUUUCAAAUAAUUUAUGCAAAUUAGGAGACGCACUGGAAGUGCUGAGGAAUCUGCACACAAACCAAGGGGUGAUGGCGAGGGCACAUGAGGCGUUGGAGAAGCUAACCAGCUACAUCGACAUAGUUAACAUUGACGAGGAAAUCUACCAUUUUUUAAAAACAAAAUAUGAGCAACAUGCACAUAAGCUAGAUCAGGAGCACGCCGAAGUUCUCCUCAAUAUGAUCGUGUCCAUGGAAAACCAAGGGGUCCACAUAAAGGAUAAGAAACAAAGACUAGAAUAUUUGGAACUCCAGGCACAAGAAAAAUAUAUUUCCUUUCAUGCUACACAGAACGUGGCAAAUGAAUAUGACGGUGUGUUCAUACAAAAGAUGAGACUGCUGCCUUUUAUCGAGGAGCAGGUGAUACAUAAUUACCAGGAAAAAAUAAAACCUCUUAUUGAAAGUGGAAAAGUAAAAAAAAAUUACACACGUGAAAGACUCGACUCAGCCGAGUGGGUAUUUCUCCUCCAGGACAGCUCCUUCAUCAUGACGGUGCUUGAAAAUGUCAAUGAUGAAGAGGUAGCAAGGAGCGCCCACGCGCUACUGAAGAAGCCAAACCAGACAUUCCUAAAAAACAUACUGGUUCUGCAGUAUUAUAGAGAUAUGCUAACCCAAUUUCGCAAUUUUAAAAACUUCAGUGAGUACUCUCUAAAAAAUUGCAUCCUAAACAGCCCCGACAAGGUCCACUAUUUUCUGAGGAAUUUUUUUAAUACUAUUUUGCCCCACUUUUUUGAAGAGCUGCGGUUUGUGGAGAGGUACAUCGAAGCGGUUUCAUCCAGAGGGAAGAAGACAAAGGCGAAGCGUUCCCACAGCGGUGCAGUGCACGGUGCGGUGGAAGGCGCCCCAGAAAACGUCUCCGAAAGUACCUUAGAAACCCCCAAGCAGUGGUGCAACACAGCUGAUAACCACCCCUGUAGCAGGGACGGAGAAGGAAGGCACUCCAAGCUAACCCCGGAAAACGUGUUCUACUACAUGAACCAAAUACGGAAGGAAAAGCUCAAACCGAUCGAGGCGAAAAUGAAAAACCGCUUGACUCUGUAUCAGGUCAUUCGCUUUGUCGUAAACCUCUUGAAGGAUUCCUACCUCUUGGAGAUGGUGAACGUUGCGCCGUUGCCGAACGAACUGUGGGACGAGAGCAUAUUAAAAUUUGAGAUAAGGGACGGGACCUACACAUACGGUUACGUAUAUAUGGACCUGUUCGAGCGAGAAAACAAGAGCCAUUCAAUUGCUCAGUACACCGUUCGGUGCUCCAAAAAUAUGAACGCCUGCUUGAAGCACCAGUGGUUUGAGGAAAGCGCGCGCGAGUUUCCCUUCUUCUACACGGGCAUCGUGCGGGGCGGCAUAGACAUCGACACGGACAGGGACAUCGGAAGUGGAACCACCCACGACACGGCCAAGUGCCCAUCAGAUGGGAGGAGACCUCACACACAAACCCACCAACAACCACAGCAACAACCCCACCAACAAACCUACCGACAGACCACGUCGACCUUCCUUGUCUGCAACUUCAGUAUAAAAUUGAGCGACCUCGAGGGGACAGCCUCCGCGAGUAAGCCCCCUCAGGAUAACAUCUUCAUAAAUGAACAAAUAGCCAACUCACUUGGAAGAAUAAAAAUGUCCCUCGACAAGGUCAACAUCUUUCUGCACGAAUUUGGGCACACACUCCACUGCAUACUGAGCUCCACAUAUCUGCAGCAUCUGUCUGGAAAUAGGGGUGGCGUAGACUUCUCAGAGUUCUCGUCUCACUUUUUUGAGGAAUAUUUAAACAGUUACGAUGCGUUGUUGCGACUGUAUGGAGGGGAUGGUGAAGAGGCGGAGGAGAGCCAUGAAAAGACGGAGACGAUGGUAAAAAGUUAUUUGGAUAGAAAAAAUAUUCUCUGUUAUUAUUUCAUCAUGCAAGUUACGAUUCAGUCCAUCAUUGACCAAAUUUUUUAUUGUCUGUCGGACAAAUCCAGUUGCAUUUCUGAGAGAAAUGACCUAAUUGAGAAGAAAAUAAAUGAGUACUUCUCGGGGGUGUACUACAAGGACAUAUUCAUACUCGAGUUAUUUCCGCAGAUUCAUUUUUCCAAAACGACACAUCUGGUGCAUUAUCCUGCCAAUUAUUUCUGUUAUCUGUACUGCUCCGUGUUGUCCAAAUAUGUUUGGGAACGGACGUUCAAGCGGGAUUUGAUGAAUCGGGCGAAGGGCGCCGAAAUUGUGAACUUCAUGCGCGGGGGCUCGGUCAACUCCAGCUUAAGAAACAUCAUUGCACUGGUGGAAGAUGACUUGGAGAAGGUUGAGUACUACACGGAAAAUCCGCAACACCUGCCACUUGACGAUUUUUUGGAGCAUUACUCGGGUGAAAACAAGAACGAGGAAUACAACUCCUUUUUGGAGGCCCUCUAA